AUGCCAAUAGAAAUAUCAUUUAUCACUGUGGGAGCUGUGCUCCUAGUUGUGGUGCUGUUGACGGUACUGAUUUGUAUUUCUGGUCAGAGAGACAAAUCUGUACAGAAAGACCACAAGGGAAUUGAAUCUGGACUGCUGCAGUAUCUCUGUCAGUUCCUGCCCCGCUCCUCGUCUCCUUGCCUCCCGGGUCCUCCCAGCCUCUUCCUUAUAGGCAAUAUGAUGGAGCUGACGCAUGAACAUCUGCCAAUCCACCUGACCAAUCUGGCACAGCGGUACGGAAACAUCUACCGCCUGAAAUGUGGAAACACAACCAUGGUGGUACUUAAUAGUGGUGAAGUCAUAAGAGAAGCACUGGUGAAAAAAUGGUCAGAUUUUGCUGGGAGACCAAUUUCAUACACAGGUGACAUUGUGUCCGGGGGAGGGCACACCAUCUCUUUGGGGGACUAUAAUGAGGAGUGGAGGGCACAUCGUCGCCUCGUCCACAGUGCUUUGCAGCGUUGCUGUCAGCAAUCACUGCAUGAUGUGAUCGAGAGACAGGCACUGCAUCUGAGAGAGGUUUUGAUGGACUAUCAAGGCAGUGCUGUAGACCUCUCGGAGGAUUUCACAGUGGCAGCCAGUAAUGUCAUCACCACUUUGGCUUUUGGAAAAGAAUAUGAGAAGAGUUCUUCGGAGCUGCAGCAGCUGCACAUCUGUCUGAAUGAGAUUGUUGCUCUGUGGGGCUCGUCCUGGAUUUCUGCUCUGGACUCCUUCCCGCUGCUCAGAAAACUACCCAAUCCAGUAUUUGCCCGUCUCCUGAAAGAGGUGGCCAAGAGAGAUGCAAUUAUAAGACAACAUCUCGACAAUUACAAGUCACAAGACAAGAAAAAUGACGACACAAUUACAGGAUCCCUCCUCCAGUGCCUUGACAAACUUCACCACACAGAUCCCAGAGUGCGCCUGACAGAUGUUCAUGUUCAUAUGGCCACUGUGGACCUUCUCAUCGGGGGAACAGAGACCACUGCAGCCUCGCUGAACUGGACUGUGGCCUUCCUCCUCCACAGACCAGAGGUGCAGGCCAAAGUGUAUGACGAGUUGUGCACAGUACUCGAGGGACGAUACCCCAAGUACAGUGACAGACACAGACUCCCCGUCCUGUGCUCUCUGAUCAACGAGGUGCUCAGACUCAGGCCGGUUGCCCCGUUGGCGGUGCCACACAGAGCCAUCCGAGACAGCAGUAUUGCAGGUUACUUCAUCCCUAAGAACACAGUCAUCAUUCCUAAUCUUUUUGGGGCACACCAUGAUCCUGUAGUUUGGUCUGACCCAUACAGCUUCAAACCAGAGCGCUUUCUGGAGGGAGGAGGAAACUCCGCCCGAGCCCUGAUCCCUUUCGGAGGGGGUGCUCGGCUCUGCCUGGGAGAGUCUGUCGCCAAAAUGGAGCUCUUUCUGUUCACUGCCUACUUACUGAGAGAUUUCCACUUCAUCCCUCCUGAGAGCGGGGCCUCUCUGCCCGACCUGAGAGGAGUUGCUAGUGUUGUACUCAAGGUCAAGUCCUACACAGUUACAGCACGUCCGAGGCCUCUGACUAAUACCUGA